AUGAAUAGAUUAUUCAGUGGUUCCGCUAACGGAAAGAAGAACUUAGCUUCUUCAAUUUCUAUGCAAUUCAGAUCUUUCCAUUCUACCAAUCCAAAUUUUAUGUUUGAAAAAAUUUUGAUUGCAAAUAGAGGUGAGAUUGCAUGUCGUGUUAUGCAAACAUGUCGUAAGAUGGGUAUCAAGACAGUUGCAAUUCACAGUGAUGCCGAUAGAUAUGCCCGUCACGUUCGUGAGGCCGACGAAGCAGUCUGUGUUGGACCAGCACCAACCAGCCAGUCCUAUUUGAAUAUCGACGCCAUCGUCGAAGCCAUCAAGAAGACUGGAGCACAAGCCGUGCAUCCAGGUUACGGUUUCCUCUCGGAGAACAGUCAUUUCGUCAAGGAACUCGAGAAUAUCGGUGUCACCUUUAUCGGACCGGGUAGCUAUGCUAUGCACGCUCUCGGAGACAAGAUCGAAUCAAAGAAGAUCGCAAAGAAUGCAGGUGUCAGUGUUAUUCCUGGAUUCAUCGGUGAGGUCGACACGCUCGAGGAGGUGAUCAAGACUGCCAACUCGAUUGGCUAUCCGGUGAUGGUGAAGGCAUCGGCCGGUGGUGGUGGAAAGGGUAUGCGUAUCGCUUGGAACGACAAGGACGUCGAGAUUGGAUUCCGUCUCUCAAAGCAGGAAGCCAAGUCGUCGUUUGGUGACGAUCGUAUGUUGAUCGAGAAGUACAUCGAUCGUGGCAGACACAUUGAGAUUCAGGUGCUUUCCGACGGUGAGACCGCCCUCUACUUCCCGGAGCGUGAGUGUUCCAUCCAGCGUCGUAACCAAAAGGUUAUUGAAGAGGCGCCAUCGCCAUUCCUCGACGACGCCACUCGUACUGCUAUGGGUCGUCAAGCUGCCGCUCUCUGCAAGGCCGUCGGCUACAAGUCGGCCGGUACCGUCGAGUUCCUCGUCGACUCGCAAAAGAAUUUCUACUUCCUCGAGAUGAACACUCGUUUGCAAGUGGAGCAUCCAAUCACAGAGGAGAUCACCGGUCAGGAUUUGGUCGAACACAUGAUCCGUAUUGCCUACGGUGAGAAGCUAAAGUUGCAACAGGAGGACGUCAAGAUCAAGGGAUGGGCUAUGGAGUCGCGUGUCUACGCCGAAGAUCCCUACCAAUCAAAGAAAUACAUCCGUCCCGAAGGUCAGGGUGUGCGUAUCGACGGUGGUAUUUUCGAGGGUGGUGAAAUCUCCACCUACUACGACCCGUUGAUCUCCAAGUUGAUCACCUACGGUGACACUCGUAAGUCUGCCAUCAUUCGUAUGAAGAAGGCACUCGACGAAUACUACAUCAAGGGUGUCAACCACAACGUUCCAUUCUUGCGUGACGUCAUGGAGAACGAGAAGUUCCUCAGCGGUGACAUCAGCACCAAAUUCAUCCCCGAGGAAUACCCCGACGGUUUCAAGGGAUACAACUUUUCACCAAAGCAAAUCGAGCAACUCACCAUCUGUGGUGUCAUCCUCCGUUACAUGGAUCAAUAUAAAUUACUUACCAACAGUUCAAAUCAAGCCAAACAAAAUCCAUUAGUUCCAGAUGAAUUCUUUGCUGUUACAGUUGGAAAUGUUAAGCAUUUAGUUAGAUUCGAAGCAGGAAAGGAUAAAUAUUCAAUUCAAUUCAUCGAUGAAAAGUCAGAGACCGUUACAAAGAGUUUCGAGGUUGGUGUCGAAGAGGAAUCACUCGAGAUCAUCAAGGUCACCAUCGGUGGUAACGUCCACAGAUUCCAAAUCCACGACCGUACCACUCAUGCCUAUCUUUUACAAUUCCACGGUACCAAGAUCCCAGUUAUCGUUAGAACUCCAGACGAAGAGGAACUCGUCCGUUACAUGCCAGAGAAGAAGACCGUCGAUUCGUCGAACGCCCUUCUCUCACCGAUGCCAGGUGCUAUCCUCUCUGUCGCCGUCAAGGUCGGUGACAAGGUUGUCCUCGGUCAAGAACUCUGCAUUAUUGAGGCCAUGAAGAUGCAAAAUGUAUUACGUGCACCAAGAGACUGUGAAAUUAAAUCAAUUAAAGUUACACCAGGUACCAACGUUGCCGUCGAUGAAAUAUUAAUUGAAUUCAAAUAA